UUUUGAACGUCCACAGGUUAUUUUUUUAUCUGGUAUCUAUUAAUCUGUGCGUUUGUCAAUGUCAGUACUCAGUAGCUGUCAUUUCAGUUUGACAAUUUCUUUUACGAUAAAAUUGUCAAUCCGGAAACAUGGCACCCCGGUUUGAGAUCGCAGUGGGCCUGCGAAAAGGCCACAAAACAACCAAAAUAUCGGCUGGUAAAAAAGGAAUUACAGACAAAGCCAUCAAAAUCAGACCAGCCAGGCUAAAGGGUUUACAAACCAAGCACUCGAAGUUUGUCCGUGAUCUGGUCCGCGAGGUUGUCGGCCAUGCACCCUAUGAGAAGAGGGUUAUGGAAUUGUUGAAGGUGUCAAAGGACAAACGCGCGCUGAAGUUCCUCAAGCGUCGCUUGGGCACACACAUCCGCGCCAAGAGGAAGCGUGAAGAGAUGAGCAACGUGCUGGUGCAGAUGAGGAAGGCGGCCGCGCAGGCGCACCACACACACGCUCACUAACUUGUAAUAAACCUUAUGUAAGAUA